UCUUUCUGUGGACUGCUGUGGACCUUAGUAUUUAAAAUGACUACUCCUGGAGCCUCGUCGUCUGCAGCGGUGCAAGAGUUUAAAAUCAGAGUCCCAAAAAAUGUAAAGAAAAAGUAUCAUGUGAUGCGGUUCAACGCUACUCUAAAUGUGGAUUUUGCAAAAUGGACUCAUGUAAAGAUGGAGAGAGAGAACAAUAUAAAAGAAUACAAAGGAAUGGAUGAGGACAUGCCCAAGUAUGGUGCAGGAUCAGAAUAUGGCCGAGGUUUAAGAGAAGAAGCAAGGAGGAAGAAAUUUGGUAUUAUUUCUCGAAAAUAUAAACCUGAAGAUCAACCCUGGAUAUUGAAAGUGGGAGGAAAAACGGGGAAAAAGUUCAAGGGUAUCCGUGAGGGAGGUGUCUCCGAAAAUGCGGCAUACUACGUGUUCACGCACGCAGCUGACGGGGCUAUUGACGCUUAUCCGCUGCAAGAAUGGUAUAAUUUCCAACCCAUUCAAAGGUACAAAGCAUUAUCGGCUGAGGAAGCUGAACAGGAAUUUGGCAGACGUAACAAAGUAAUAAACUACUUCUCGUUGAUGUUCCGGAAGCGAAUGCGCGGUGACGAUGCCGCGGACGAGGAGGACCCGGAUGAAAAGAAAACUAAGACUUCUAAAGCUAAAAAAGAAUUGAAGAUCUCGGACAUGGAUGAAUGGAUCGACUCGGACGACGACUCGUCGGGCUCGGAGGGUGAGAAAGAGAAGGAAGAUAGCGAUUCCGGCAGUAAGAAGAAGAAAGACAAAAAAGGUGCCGCACCUAAAAAGAAGAAGAAGGUAGAAGACGAAGCAUUCGAAGAGAGUGACGAUGGUGAUGAGGAGGGUCGGGAGAGGGACUACAUAUCGGACUCCUCUGAGAGUGAAUCAGACCACGAGACCAAAGCCAACAAGGAACUCAAGGGUGUUGCUGAGGAGGAUGCUUUAAGGAAACUCCUAACCUCAGACGAAGAUAGUGACUCUGAGCAGGAGCAGAAACAAGAGUCGGAACAAGAGGACGAGCACACCAAGGAGGGAGAGGAGAGGGCUAGUAAACUCACUAAGAAGAAGAAGAAGGCUGAUGAUAAAAAAGAGUCUGAAACAGAGUUCAGUUCGGAUUCGGACACGGAUCCCGAGAACAGCGGCAGCAAGAAGCCGAAGAAGAGCAAAAGUGGCGAUAAGAGUUCUGCUAACGCUAGUGCUCCGGGCAGUGCUAGUACAUCCCGCGCAGGCACGCCGACCCCGAGCGCUGCGCAGGCUGCAGUGGCGGCGGCCAACGCGCAUGCGCACAGCCACCAGCCCGCCAAGCGGGCCAAGCUCGACCCGGCUUAUACGGAAUGCGGCGUGACAGAAGAAGCCGUGAGGCGGUAUCUAGCGCGCAAGCCAAUGACGACAACAGAACUUCUAACCAAAUUCAAAUCCAAACGUACUGGGGUCAGCAGCGAACGACUCGUGGAAACAAUGACGCAAAUAUUAAAGAGAAUUAACCCGGUCAAACAGAAUAUUAACGGGAAAAUGUACCUUAGUAUUAAGAAUAAUUGAUUUAUUAAUAAAGUUCAUUUGUUAGA